GACAUCGCAUGCUUCUACCUCACGGUGGGCUCUCUCUCUCUGUCUCUCUGAUUUGUAGAGCAGCUCUCUUGUGGCACAAUGGCGGGGUGCUGCCUGUCCGCGGAGGAGAAGGAGUCCCAAAGGAUUAAUGCCGAGAUCGAAAAGAAGAUCCGCAUGGAUAAGAGGAAUGCCCGCAGGGAGCUGAAGCUGCUGCUGUUGGGCACUGGUGAGAGUGGGAAAAGUACCUUCAUUAAGCAGAUGAGAAUUAUUCAUGGCUCUGGUUACACAGAUGACGACCGAAAAGGAUUCACAAAUCUCGUUUACCAAAACAUAUUCACUGCCAUGCAGUCAAUGAUUCGUGCAAUGGACACAUUAAGGAUACAGUACUCCUCUGAGCAAAACAUGGAAAAUUCACUGCUGGUCCGGGAAGUUGAAGUAGACAAAGUAUGCACUCUGGAAAGAAAACAGGUAGAAGCAAUAAAGAAGCUCUGGGAUGACCCUGGCAUCCAGGAGUGCUACGACAGAAGGAGAGAGUACCAGCUGUCUGACUCUGCUAAAUAUUACCUUAGUGACAUAGAUCGCAUUGCUGUACCUGGUUAUGUACCCACACAACAAGAUGUUCUUCGAGUCAGAGUGCCCACUACUGGAAUCAUCGAGUAUCCCUUUGAUUUAGAAAAUAUUAUUUUCAGGAUGGUGGAUGUCGGUGGCCAGAGAUCCGAAAGAAGAAAGUGGAUCCACUGCUUUGAAAAUGUCACUUCUAUCAUUUUCCUGGUGGCACUGAGUGAAUAUGAUCAGGCCCUCGCAGAAUGCGACAAUGAGAAUCGAAUGGAGGAAAGCAAGGCUCUCUUCAGGACCAUCAUAACUUACCCCUGGUUUCUGAAUUCUUCUGUCAUCCUGUUCUUGAAUAAGAAGGAUCUGCUAGAGGAAAAAAUCCAAUUCUCUCAUUUAAUUGACUACUUCCCGGAGUUCACUGGUGCUAAACACGAUGCCAAAGCAGCUCGGGAAUUCAUUCUAAAACUCUACCAAGACCAGAACCCUGACAAAGAGAAGGUCAUCUAUUCUCACUUCACCUGCGCUACAGACACGGAGAACAUUCGCUUUGUCUUCGCUGCUGUUAAAGACACUAUCCUCCAGCUAAACCUUCGGGAGUUCAACCUGGUGUAAGAACUGGACAAUGCAGUCUGUGGAGUUUUCAAUCCUUCUGUACCGAUGACUUGUCCCCUUGGAGGCAAGAUGGUAUAUUUCCUCCAAAUGUACUGU